CCCAAGCGUGUGCGUCACGAGAUGAGAGAGGGAAGGCCUCGCUUGUCUCAUUCGGCGUCCUCGCGCUUUGCGGUCUACCCGUCACGUUUUACGCCGUUAUUUCUGUUCCUCGUAGACUCUACUUUCUCUUUCGUGCCUUGUGCGGAAAUUGGCGCGAGAUUCAUCGAGCGAGUUAAUUGUAAAUAGUUCCAUGGUAUUUUUGCCGCACGGUGGCGAUAGUGCGGAGUGCGCCGGAAUGCAGCUUCCGACACGGCUGUGAAAACUCUCGCCCGUCUUUGUGCGCGUGUGGACGAGCGUUAAGGGGAGAGUGUGCAUUGCGCAUGCGCCUACGGUCGAGGAGCACGUGGCUUGGCUCCGCCCCCUUCCCCCAACGAUCCACAUCCACUUCUCCUCCAUCUUUCCCCCUCUUCCAGGCUUGGCGAGGCCUAGGACUGCAGUAGGUCCAGUUCGUGAAGGUGAUACCGAGGAUGAGCAUCGAGACACUGCUGGAGGCGGCGGAGUACCUGGAGUACCGCUCCGAGGUCAUGUUACGAGGGGAGGAGCCAGAGGACUACGACACAUUUUCCCUUCAACGGGCGGCGGUGCAGGCGAGCGGAGCGGCGACCCCCACCGACCAAUGCAACAAUGUCGCCCGUAAUCACUGCCAUCAUUCCCCGACCCCAGGCUCCCCACCCCCGAGCCAGUAUUCCUCAAAACCCGUCCCCAUGGAAGACCCUUCCUCGGAUGACGCCCACCAGAUUCCGAAUCAUGCCGCCUUCCGCUUGGAAGACAUCCAAGAGUCCCGGAGCAAAUGGUGUCGAGGGUCUGGGACGCGGGAAGUGCACAACAAGCUGGAGAAAUACCGUCGGGCCCAUCUAAAGGAAUGUUUUGACUACCUGCGCAAACAGCUGCCCAACUUGACGGAUCUGCGCAAGGUCCCUAACCUCACCGUACUCAAGUCGGCCUACAAGUACAUUCAGGUUUUGAAGCGGAAAGAGAGAGAGUACGAGCAUGAGAUGGACCGCCUGGCGAGGGAGAAGAUCGCGAACCAGCAGCGACUGGGAAUGCUGAAGAAGGAGAUCUCCCUCGCCCACCCGAACAUCGACUGGGUGCGGCUGGAGGCGAUCGGACGGGAGGCGCCGCCGCUCCCGCGACACCAGAACGCGGAGCACGACUCGAACACCUCCACUGCCUCGGGUGAGCCGGGUUCCCGGUUCGAGUGCAUUUCGGAACGGGGCAGGGAUUCACUUUUCGGACUUGCAGAGUGCGGGGACGCGGAAGAGGACUUCGAGUUCGAGGAGAACGGUGGGCUCGGCGUCGGGGAGAAUCGGGUCCAACCGAGUUACUACUACGGUCAAGGAAAGAGUCAAAGUCACCCGUCGUCUCCUCCGAAGAGGCCCUACAAUGUUCACUUGGACUCUUCCUCGGCCUCCAACUCCCCUCCCUAUUCUUCCUCCUCUUCCUCUUCUUCCAAGGGUGCACCGACCGUCAAGGCCCCGAAACUCGAUCCUUCCUCGCAUUCCAGAAGCGUUGUGAGUGUCGUCGGACCCGCCAUGGGAGUGGUUCCGCCGGCGACGGCGUUGGAUCAGUCGUCGGCCGCCGCGACGGCUGCAGCGGAAUCCCUGCUCAAGUUGAACCGCAGAGGCGAUCACCAGUCCCCGACCGUGAAGUUAGAGACGGAUGCGGUGAAGAUGGAGGUGGAUGCGUGCAAGAAGUCCUCGCCCCCGCCUGCACCCCCUGCCUCGGGGACUGGGAGCUCCCAGGAUCCGUUCUUUUCCUCGUCCCUUCCCAUUCCGCAUUCGGUUCACCACCUCCAGACUCAAGUCCUGACCCCGGUGGGAAAGGUGAACUCCUCGCCCGGUAUCCACCUGGUGUCUUCCCUGAAGCCGAUGCCCCCCGUCCGGAUCGCGGUCCCGGCCUCGGCCUCUACUCACAUCCUCUCGUCCACCGCGUCGUCGCUGACGUCCGUUCCUCCUCCAAUCGUUUCCACUCAAUCUCAAUCCGUCAAGUCGUCUCUGAACCCGGCUCCGCUGAACCUGUCCCUGUCGAACGGCCACGCUCAAUCCGGAGGCGCGGGGAACACCGUCUCGGCACACGCCACCUUCACCUCUCCGUCGUACAUCGCGGUGAAGGCGACGCAGGGCUUGGGUUUGCCCGGGGUCAACGUGACGUUAGCGCCCGUUCUCGCCAAGGGUGUACCUCUCGUCAUCCCACAGGGUACCAUGGACUUCCUCAACGGCACAAAGCCCAUCUUUGUUAACAGCAAUACCCUUUCGACAGUUGAAUUGAAAGCAGGAAGCAACGGGAAGAAUUCCAUCCAACCGGUGCUUCACGUGGCGACGGCCGGGUCGCCGUUUCCGAAAGGGGCCGUGGGGAUCCCCGCGGCGCAGAAGCCAGACGGGACGAGGGCGGCCCACGGGGGAACGGGGACGUCCCUCCUCAGGGACGGGGUCGGAGGGAGCCCUGGGGGGCAGCAGCAGCCGCACGUGUCGAGGAGCAUCCCCAUUCCUCAGCUCGCACAAGUCUUCACUGCUUCUCCUGGUCAUAUUAAGAAGAUGGUGGCAUCCGGACAUCCAAUCCUGAAGCAGGUCCACCAGAUCCCACUGAUGGGAACACAAUACGUGGCGGCGCAGUCGCUGGUGAAGCCGUUCGUGGUCGUUUCGGGGCCCGAGAACGGAGAAGGGAAGGAGAAGGCCGCGUCGUGAUGGACUCGUUGGUGUCGUCCCGCCCGUUACUUAGAGCUUAGGUACCCGUAGGAGACACCAAAAGCAUUCCUUCUGGAUCUUUGCAAUUUUUCGAACGGCUUCUCCCGAGUUCAGACCGGCGGGGAAUGCGGUCUUCCGAAGUGUCGGUUUUCGCCGUCUGCCGAGCUCGAAGAGAACGAGUUCUCACGUGAUCCUGCGAAUCUGUCUCCCUCGUCCCUCCCGUUAUUAAAAAAAAUGUCUAGUCAAGUGAGAUGCUUGAAAAAGUGCAUGGUUGACGUGGUCCUUGUUGCCGUGUCUCUGGUUUCUCUCUGGUCCCAAAUAUUCAAGACCGGUAAGGCUUACUCUAAAUUACCCCGAAUUGGAUACUUGUGACUGCUAUGCAAAUUCCCUUCGUCGUGCGGAGAGGAACCAGAGAUGCAGAUUCCUUCCUGGCAUCCAGGAAGCUUUUUUUUUUCGUGUUUGACCGGGAAAGGAAAAGUUGUGAUAAUCCCAAUAUUGCCCCCAAAGUUCGUGUCUGGUUUUUUUUUGUCUGCAUUAUGCUCCCUCCCACAAUUUUUUCAUUCGUUUCCCUGCUUUCCCCCCCCCCCCCCCUCCCCCC